UCUAUGGACUUCGGAGUCCGGCCCCAAACUGACACAAACAUUGAACAGCGCCAAACCCGCAUGACCUAAAAUUAGCCGCCAAACAAAGAUAGUUAUUGAAGCUCUAAGUUGGCCCCCUAUUGCAGGCGACCCCGCUGCACCCUGUUAACAUCGAGUGUGACUCUGGAGUCUGAUAGGUACAUAGGUAAGUCCAGCUUCCAGGGCAGUCUUGAAAUUCCCGAGUCCCGACGCUUAAGCAAUCAGUCUGUUCUUCCGCGCCCACGAUCUCCUUCUAGACAAGUCCGACUCCGCCCAUGUCUCAAUCUCCCAGCAGGAUCCUACUCGAGGACCUGCCCGAGGAUGAGCCAUGGCCGCCAGUCCCACCCGACGUCGACUUUUCCGCUAUUCAAGUCGAGACACCUGAACUUUCGGUCACCAUAAACAGCAUGCUCUACAAGAUCAAAGGACAACCGUCCGUCCUCUACAAGAUGAGAGCCGAGUAUCGGGAAUACCAGCUUCAUGUGGCGGCUGGGGAUUGCGCAAUUCCGGUCCGUGGAAAAGUGCUGGGUAAGCCCACGAGGGGAAACGGCGAGCUAUUUUUCUACGGCUUCAUCAUGGACCUGACGGUUCCUGUUCCUGACACUCUGUCGCUGCCGCAACGGCGGGAGAUUACGCAACAGAUGAUUCAGACCGUUCAAAAAUUGCACGCUAAACGCAUCAUCCAUGGCGAUAUGAAGCUGGAGAAUAUGCUUCUCGAUAACCAAGGCAAGCUUCGACUUUGCGAUUUCGCUGAGGGGCGGUACGUGGAGGAGGAUGGGGAUGUCUGGGACGGGAAUUCCACAUUACGCUUCGAGUCACCCAACCGGCUUCUGAGGGCGCAACAGUUUGGACGUGACCCACCGCCGCCUAUCAUGGAGGAUGACCUGUACGGUCUUGGGCUGAGCAUUUGGCAGCUGUACACUGGGAGGAUCCCACAUGAAGAUAUAGCUGGCGAUGACGUGGAUCUCAAGGAGAGACAACGGCAGGAAGAAACAGUCAACGUAGCCAAGGUGGAUGAUCAGGAGGCCCGUGACAUUAUCACGAGCCUUCUUUGCAAAGGGGGAGCUCGCAUCUAGGCUGAAGGGCGGAUUAUCACCGAUGACUCAGAUAGUACUCUGUAUUGGAAUAGAAUCCUGCUUUGCUCACUUCAGA